AUGGCUGCCGCUGCCGCGCGAGCCCGGAAGCCUGUGGGCUCUGCUGCUUGGGUCGCUGCAGAAAAGGAGAACAUCGCCGAUCUUGUAGAACAAGAAAUGGAGGAUGUGGAAUAUCCGGUUCGCCAUGAAUUGGAUUGGUUGAAUGAGCAUAUGGCGGAGAUAUUCUCCAAAGGCCAGGCAAACUUCACGGAUGUUUUCAAAACGCCGGGGAAGAUGGUAGGCAAGACUCCGCGCACGGCGCGCAAGCGUCAGGCGGAGGAGAAUCGAGUGCCUUUGAGUGAAAUCUUUUCAUCUGCGCAAAAAAAUACAGAGAAAAAGACCGUCCCGAGUCCCAGCCCUUUCAUCCAUCGGGUCAUGGCAAAGACAAAGGCUGCAGACACCACACGUGCGACUUCCCCUCCCGUCCCCGGUUCCGAGGCGACCGUCAAGGGCUCGCAGCCACAAUAUCCGGACCUUACCCAGAACCUGAACUCUUUCUCCCAAUUCAACACCGACUCGGGCUACCAUGGACUGCAAGACGACGACGACGUCACGAUGCCGGACACACAACCCGAAACCCAGUCAUCGACUCAACCUUUCGAGGUCAACGACCAAAUGAGAUUAAGCUCUGAAGUGGACGCCUCUCUUGAGCAGCAGCCGGCAGAGGAUUCCUUCCACUCCGCCCAAGAAAACGUACGCAUGCGCGGGGAGACAGUCGAGCCCAGCGCUUCCACACCAACGCCGAAGCAGCAACCCAUUUCCCGCUUGAGGGACCCAGAUUCUGCGGAGGUGGAGCCUGAAGCUAGUGCAACGCCCAAGGCCCAGGAUGGCUCACAGCGUGAGGGGACAGCAGGUGCUGGAAGUCGGCGACAAAGCCCCUCGGGAAAGCAAGACAGGGUAGAAAUCGCGGAUGCUGACAAGGAACGCGCGGUGGCUGAGACGACAGUCCCCGAGGAACAGGCCCUGGAGCCUGAAGAAGAUACCGACGUGGACAUGGAGCUCGGCCACAGAGAGGACACCAUUCUUGAUGACAACUUUGACGACAUUGGAUCCCCCUCGGACGGUUCCACCCCUGAGCGAUUCCCUGUGCGCAAGAGCAGUCUGAAUUUUGCCUCUUUGCCGGCCCGUGAGCCGCUCAAGGGGCCCCGUCUCUCACGCACUUCCCAUAUCGAUCUGCCGAAGCUGAGCCAUGCCGGCCGCAGUAGCUUACUGGGCAAGCAAUCGGGGACUUCUCGCGCUAAACAAGCGACAUCCGAUGAUGACAAGGAAGUCAUGAGUGACAACUCAAAGCAUUCACACGAUGCGAGGGAAGAGGCCAUGGACGUGGAGCAAGUCAGCAGAAUCCACAACAAGAAAUCCACGCAGAGUCUUCACGAGAGGAUUAGCAUGCUUGGCAAGCUUCAGCCAUCCCGGCCUAAAAAGUCAAUCGCAUCGGCUGCGGGGCUAUCUGCUGGUCAGAUUCCCUAUCCCGAGCUCCCCGCGCCCAAAACGGAGAGCAAACUGGAACCAUUUGCUCCUGAAGAACGCACGAGUCCGGUGCAAGAGUCGAAGGAGGAGAAUGUUGAUGAAUGGAUCCGUCCGAUGAGCUCGCCACAGCGACUUGAUCUGACCAAGAGCAAAACGCUCGACGUGAGUGAGAAAUUGUUUGAUAUGCCCCAAUCAACGAACCAGCUAGUGGGCGUGACGCCGGAUCGGCAGCCCACCGAACCGCAGCGUCCCAAGUCAUCCUACUCCAUUUUCUCCUCGCCCCGUCCGCACGGUCAUUUCAAGACCGCCUCGGUAUCCAACAUCACUUCGGAGACUUCCACCACUCCCACUGGAUCACCGAGGCGCUUUGAGGGCCCCUUGAGUGCUUCCAAGAUGAGGCUGCAAUCCAUUAUGAAAUCAGCCAAAGGCUUGUUCACGAGUACUGCUGGCCCAAGCAGGGUGGAAGCCCCUUCUCCGGAACAGCAUCGUCUCCGUCCAUUCGAGCAGACGAAUGCUGGUGCCGACAUCAAGGCCAAUACCUCCGAACGUCAAACUCGUCAACAUCUCAGCCCACCGCGCCACGAGGGGCGCCGGACCCGAAGCUCUACAGAAAAAGAGGAGAAACGGCGACAACAAGAACUUGAGGAUCGUCAACGUGAAGAGGAUUUGAGGCAAGAGAAAGCACGAGAGCAAGAAAAGGAAAAACAACGGGCCAUGCAGAUCAGGAACAUGCACGAAAAGUCAUCAGUCGAGCCAGAGGACCGACCGGGUAGCGCCGCCCAACGACCAAUUCAGGCACAUCGACAACAAUCGCGUGAGCCAGACUCUGUCCACGACGGAUCGCGGUUUGGCCUCGCCCAAGCGAAGCAAGCGGACCGACGGCCCAGGGCCACGACUAGGGAGCCCGCGCAGAAGCCCAACCCAAGGCCAGUCUCUAUCCGUGUUGGCAGCACGCUCUCCCGGCCAAUGUCCGUGGCUUCGUCUAUCGCCCCCGGCACCCAAGAGCCUGCCGUUGUCCUCCCCGCGCCGACUCAUGCUCCGGCUCCCAAGGCCCCGACCUUGAAAAAGAAGGGAAGCAAUCAGUCACUGCAUGCGGCUUCCACGGCGAGCUCGCUCAAAAACUCAGUCUUGAGCCAGACGCAGGCGCAGCGGAAGAAGAAAGAGCAAGAAGAGCGUGAGGCGCGCCGGAAGGAGGAGCAGAGGAAAGAGGAGCAAAAGCGUGAGGCUGAAAGAAAACGAGCGCUUCAAAAACAACAGGAGGAAGAGGCUCGACGGCAAGCUGAGGCUGAGCGAGAGCGCGCGGCUCAGGAAGAUUCCAAGAAGAGCGCACACAUGCGGGCCAUCGAGAGGCGUCGGCAGGAAAACAAUGCUCGGAAACACGUUCGCCAGGGCAGUCAGCAAGCUGGUGGCGAGAUUUUUAUGCUACAACACGACAAGGCCUCAUCCCAGUCAUCGCAGCGGACUGAUAUGGGGGCGACGAGACCGGCAUCUCGCCUGGCUUAUGGACGCCCCAUUAAUCCGCCAGCGCCCAAUCCAGCUAAGCCACCGAAACGGAACAUGGAUGAGGAGGCCGGCCACCGCGCUGCAGUCUCAAAUACGGCAAAUGUCCAGCCUUCGGGCGAGGCGAAACGACGCAAGACAGAAGACGAGCACAAUCCCAUCCAUCCGGUUCGGCCGACAAUGGCCCCUCCCAUCCGUCAAUCGAGUAUUCGAAAGGUAUACUAUGCUCUUUCCCUGUGUCCUAGUUCUCAAUACGGCAUGUCUUCUAACACGUCUCCACAGCAACCUUCCAUGUUUGGGCAGUCCGCGUCAUCUAUUUUCAAGUCCGGCCAGGCCCAGAGGCCGGCCCAUCCAUCUGAAUUGGCGAAAUAUUCCAACAACAAGAUACCCUUCGCCGAGCCUAGUCAUGCGCCGUCGUCGGCCGCGCAACGCACGCCGGGCCCUAGCUCCGCACAACGUCCGCCGCCUUCGAUCAAGCCUUCACCCAAGUAUCCAAAUGGUGAAAACAUUCACCUUCCUGAAAUUGCUACGGAUAGUGAGGAUGAAGACGAUUCAGAUUCAGAGAUGUUUCCCGUGCCGAAAUGGGCGCAGCCGAAAGAGCUGGAGGAUCUUCUACGGGUGCAGGAAGGAAUGGAAGUUGACUCCAUCUUUGGACCGAUUGCGCCAUUUUCCUUGGAAGAGACUUUCAAGGCCGACAAGAAGAUCAAGAAGUACCGCGAUCGAACCAGCAGUGCGAAUUGGAACGGUCCGGAUGGUCUCACCCAAGAGGAAAUUCGGAAAGAUCGACUCGAGCGGCAAAAGUUGCGACUCAAUGGGGGUUGGUCUUUCCAGUAA